AAGUAGUGAGCGCUGGAAGUUGGAGUGGAGUGUCUCUGGGGUAAAUGUCGGAGUGUUCGUGCGGAGUCACGGUCGGACUCUCCCCGGUAUUACAUAACCUCAGUGCGGCCGAGUAGCUCCGCCCGGUUCUGCCGCCACUUCGCCUCCGAACCGACGGACCAAGGUGCGACAGAGAUGGGUGAGAAGCAGGAGAAAAGCCCCGAAGGAGUGAAGUACUUCAGGCUGUCAGAGAUCGAGGAGCAGAACUCCUUCAAGUCCACCUGGAUCAUCAUCCACAACAAGGUCUACGAUGUCACCAAGUUCCUGGACGAGCAUCCCGGAGGCGAGGAGGUUCUGAGGGAGCAGGCGGGGGGCAACGCCACGGAGAGCUUCGAGGACGUCGGCCAUUCCACCGACGCCAGAGAGAUGGCCGCCAGCAUGGUGAUCGGAGAGCUGCACCCGGACGACCGGCACAAGAUCGCCAAGCCUGUGGAAACGCUGGUUACCACGGCGAAGGAGGAGGCCAGCUGGUGGUCCAACCUGAUCAUCCCCAGUCUGGCAGCCGGCAUCGUGACUCUGAUGUAUCGUAUCUACACCGCCGACAGUGAGUGACGUCUGAGCGCUGUGAUGUCAUCGUCCGCGGCGCUCGGUGCCGUGGCUCCUGCCAGCGUAGAGCGGCGGUUCUAGAGCGGACGACUGGCUGCUGUGGACCAACAUCAUCACAUUCCCUCAGUCUGAUCUAGGAUCCACGGCUCCAUGCUGCGUCUCCAUGGCAACUCUGAAUUAACCAGAAUUUAACCAGCCAAUCACAUGACUGUCCCAAUGAAGUCCUUAAUGCCGGGCAUUCCAAUCCAGAUGUUCAGCAGAACCUCAUGAUCUUGCACUGGAUGUAUAAUUUGUUGUUUUUAUAUCUUCAUAACUGAAUUGAGCGAGUUCCUGUCGGUCAGCAGCUAAUGUUGGGUCCAAUCAGUCCAAUCUGGUUACAGCUUGACUCUAGGUGGGUUCCAUUUGGAUCCAUUUGGUUCCAGUUGGAUCCAUUUGGUUCCAUUUGGGUCCAGUUGGUUCCAGUUGGAUCCAUUUGGUUCCGGUUGGUUCCGGUUGGGUUCUGGUGACCUCAGUCUGAAGGGGUGAAACCCGACCCGCGGUGUUUCUCUCCAGAACCGGCUUCCCGACUCGUUCUGCACUAAUAAAACUCUUAAACUGAACUUGAUGAAAUUCUGACUUUAUUUUUAUGGAAAAAGAAUAAAAAAAGUUUAAAUUUGUGUUUAAAACCUGAGAAUCGCUCCUCCGUCCAGCAGGUGGAGCCCUUCAGACUGAGCUGUUUUCCAGAACCUUCGGAUCUGAUAAGACGUGUCCAGGUUCUGUCAGAACUGGAACCGGAACCCAGUGAUGCUGUAUGAGUGCAGCUGCUUCCUAAUGUAAUAAAGUGAUUGAGACGCUG